UUGGUUAGCACACCUGCUUUGAGCAACCAAAGGGCAGACACAUGAUAACUUCCUCCUCACUAUUCCAGCAAACAGAGAAAGGCAUGUCGCUUUCAAAACCUCCUCUUUCUUUCAUAUCAAACCACAGAGUUUAAUGAGAGCAUGCGUUUGGAGAAGCAUGAGAGAUCUGUGGCUUCUCCUUUUCUUUAUCGUGCAUGACUGGCUGUCUUGUGAGCGGAUGAGUUUCUGUAUCUGUGUUUGGGUGGGGAAAAAAGCUGAACGGAGUCUCAUCAUGACGACAGAAAGGAACAGCAAAGCCCUGAAGGUCAAGCAGGAAUGUGGAGAGAACGUUCCCAUCCUGUCCGACAGCGAGCUCAUGUCCCUCUCAGUACGAGAGCUGAACCUCCACCUUCGUGGCCUGUCCCGCGAGGAGAUCCAAAAGCUGAAGCAGCGCCGUCGCACCCUGAAGAACCGGGGAUACGCCGCCAGCUGUCGGGUCAAACGUGUCUCCCAGCGCGAAGCCCUGGAGCAGCAGAAAAUGGAGCUCCAGAGAGAGGUGGAGAGGCUCGGGGCCGAGAAUGCCGGCAUGAGGAAAGAGCUUGAGGGGCUCGGUGCGCGCCUGGCCGCCCUUCAGAGGUUUGCCAGAGGCCUGGAGGCCGGAGGGGGCCACCUGCUGGCCACAGCCCCACGCCUCAACACAGCCUCAGUCAUCACCAUCGUGAAGAGUCCGCCACAGCCUCAGCAACAGAGAGAGCAGGAGCCGUCCUAGAAGGAGCUGCUAAAACCAGACUGGGGGGGGGGCGGGAGACACACGACCUGCAAUGCAAACACAUACACACACACACACACCUACAGGCAUAUAUAUAUAUACUAGCGACAUGCAUGCAGAGAAGAGGAAGAUGAUAUUAGUAGGACAAUACUUAACACUUGGUGGUGUUACGCCUCAUUCACAUUUCUAAAUUCUGUUGGAUUAUAUAUGCAGGAAUUAUUCAUUCCUGUGUGAUACAGUGUUGGCAGAGUGGUGUGUAACUUCACCAGACAACCGCUACACUUAGUUUUCCAGAGCAGAAGCCAGGAACAGUCAAAACAUUAUAGGACGAGUGGAGGUGUCCUCUACUUAAUGUCGUUUAGUUGACUGAAACUUAGCAAAGUGUGUUCGUUUAGAAGCUGUCCAAGAUUGGAAUGAUGUUGAGAAAGAUGUAGCAGGUUUAUGUAAGUGAGGCAUUGGGGCACUGACGUGCGCACACAUGCACAAGACCCUCACACUCAUACCCCUGACCCACGUGGGGCGUAGACAUUGACUCGCUGACUGAAACCUGACCAGCCCAGGGUUACUGUGCAUCCUCACUGCUCAGCAGAUUCAGCGCUGACGCUGGAGCUCCCACAGAAAGGCCCGCGGCUUCUCUCUGCUACCGUUUAUGGCACUUGACUAACAGCAAAAUGCCAGGUUGUUAAACGUACACCUCUACACGUUUCUGGUACAGUUGUAGUCCAUAGUUUUGAGCUGUUUGUUAUACCAGCCCCGGCACAUUUGUCCCUGCUGCUGUGCAAGAAGGUGUCCCAAAGUAUGAAUUGUUUGUGUUAGUCAUUAAUGAAGAGUUUCUCAACCUCAGUGUCACUUGAUAUGCUGGCGUGGCCAUAGGAGAGGCUUUUAUUGUGAAAUGUUUUGCUUUGUCUUUUUUUUCCCCCCAAUACUUUUAAAAUUCUAUUUUCUGUAUGAUCAAUUUGGAGCUUCCACUAACGGUAUGCCAUUCGUAAAGAGCUUUGUUUGGAUUGUGGGGAUUUUGGGAGCAAAAAUGGCCACAUGGUCAGGAGAAAGGUUGAGAAACACUGCAUUUGUUGAUUGUGAAUUUCUUCAGGCAGUCCAUUCAAUGAAGUGUGUUUUUGGGAUUCCACUACUUCCUCCCUCAAAACCUAUUCUACCCCUCCAUGUGAGGGGAAACUAGUUUUGUACUGCUUGUGUACGCAUUUCUCACAUUGAUGCAGUGCCUUCAGUCUAUGUUGGAGCAGUAGCUAAGAGGAAAAAGGUUCAAAGCAGACUGUAAUCGCUCCUUCUUGACUGUACACAAAUGCACAUUUGUUAGUGUAGGAUUUCUCUGGUUUCUCCUGUUUUCAGAGCUAUAAUCCUUCAUUGCUCAUCUCACAGUCCCCACUGUGCAGCUAUAGUCUGCUGUGACUUCCUUUUCUUUCAUAUUUGGUAGACUCCCAACAGCUGAUGUUGGUCGUUUUGCUACAAAUGUGUACAAGAGUGGCAACUGGUAGGAAUUCCGCUCACGUCGAUGCGAACCCUCCACAUACAUUCCUGUUCUGUGUUCUUAUUUGUAAUGUUCAUGUGAUGCCGUUGAGAGACAAAAAUGUUGAGUGACAUUUAUCAGAGAUAUAUUCUAUAUUUUAUUUGUAUUUAAAGGUAGAUAUUAUAAAAAAGACAAGCUAACGAGUGCUGUGAUGUUCUGUAUGUUUUCAGAAGUACUUACUUAUGAAUAGUCCGGGGAUAUUCUCACGUCUAAUUAUUGUGUUUUGUGGCAACGAUGAUUACUUUACAAAAUGUUAAUUAUUAGCUAUGUAGAAAUAUGCUCAAAGCCAAUGGCCAUAUUGCUGUAUGAUGAUUUUUUUUGUGUGUGUGUUUCUGCAAUGUUUGUACUGGCUUGUUGUAGUGGAUUCUUGGAGGGAUAUUAUUUUUCUAUGAUCAUUUGUAUGUCAUUUGUGUGAAAAAUUAAGGUCACUUCUGAAUUGGCUUGGUGGGCACAUCCACGGGAUGUUUGAGGAAAACAGAAAAGUGUGGGAAUAAACGAUGGAGUUGAGGAGGAGGAGAUAAGAAAGUCGAAGAGUUGUUGAACGAUGGAGAAAGAAAGUAAGGCAAGGAGGAUGAGGGAGAGGAAGAAGAAGAAGGUGGAAAGAGGUGGUGCUUUUAUUCACUUGAAAACCUCCAUUGAUCGCAGGCCUGUUUCAGCCAAGACAUGCUGACAGGAUUGGAUUUCAUGGAGUCGAGGCCACUGAAUAGUGCUAGCAAUAUCAUUUAUAAACCGGCAUUGUAACGCAUAAGACUGUGUUAACUCCUACAGAUAUGAGGUAUAUAUUUAGCUAUAUGAAUACCAGUGUGGCAAAGCAUUUAUUCUCAAUAUUUUAACGUCUCACAUCUGUCAAAACUGUGCUGGAUGUUUUGUAAUACUUGCAAAGCAAAAAAAUGGUUUUUGUAUUUAUUACUUUUCUAUUGUGAAAAUUUAAGUACAUUGUCUAUUUUAUAUAUUAAUUAUAAUAAAUGUUGUACAUAUUGUACAUAAAAUGG